AUGCGUUUCAUUUUUUUAAUUUGUGCAUUUAUUGUGUCCGCUAAUGCGGCCACCUAUAACCUGCAACCACCGUCUACGUUGCCACGUUAUCUGAGUCCUGUACCAUCUUCAGAUCCGCAAGCACUUGUAACUUCCUAUCAAUAUUCGGCACCAGCUCCUGCACCCGCACCUGCGACUUAUGCAGCGCCAGCACCAGCACCAGCACCCGCCUACGGAGCUUCGCUAGCACAACCCUCCUGUCCCUAUGCGGUGAUGCCUGCCCCACUUCCUGAGCCAUUACCGUAUGAACCAACUUUGCUUGCAUCGGACACAACGCCUUACAUAGCACCAGCACCGGUUCCAGCUGCUUACCCAUCACCAGAGCCAGUUCCAGUACCAACUCCUUGUUCUUAUGCAGCAGAACCUGUGCCAGCUCCUGAUGCUUAUGUAGCGCCACCACAAGCUCCUGAUUAUGCUUAUCCACCAGCCGCUCUUCCUCAAGUUCCAGUUGCUUAUCCAGCUCCGGCCACUGGUCCAGCUCCUGUUGUUUACGCAGCACCUGCUCCUGCUCCAGCUCCUGUUGUUUACCCAGCUCCGGCUCCUGCACCUAUUCAAGAUGCCUACUUACCAACAGCACCUGCUUCGGACACUUACGCAGUACCAGCACCAGCUCCACAAGCUUAUAAUGCUCCCGUACCAGUUCCAGCUCCUGCACCAGUCUCCUUUUAUGCUGCUCCAAGCCAAAGUGUCUCACCAGCUCUACCCUCUUAUUCAGCACCAACACAAUCUGUCGCAUCUUAUGCUGCUCCGGCACCUGCUCCUGCCCCUUGUGCAGCUCCAAUUCCGGCUCCAGCUCCUGUGCCUUAUGCUGCUCCUUCACCGACUGGUUAUGCUGCUCCUGAGCCAGCUCAGCCAUUUUACGCUGCUCCGGCGCCCGCUCCUGCCCCUUGUGCAGCUCCAAUUCCGGCUCCAGCUCCUGUGCCUUAUGCUGCUCCUUCACCGGCUGGUUAUGCUGCUCCUGAGCCAGCUCAGCCAUCUUACGCUGCUCCGGCGCCUGCUCCUGCCCCUUAUGCAGCUCCAACUCCGGCUCCAGCUCCAGCUCCUGUGCCUUAUGCUGCUCCUUCACCGGCUGCUUAUGCUGCUCCGGCGCCUGCUCCUGCCCCUUCUCAGCCAUCUUACGCUGCUCCGGCACCUGCUCCUGCCCCUUAUGCAGCUCCAAUUCCGACUCCUGCUCCAGCUCCUGUGUCUUAUGCUGCUCCCUCACCGGCUGCUUAUGCUGCUCCGGCGCCUGCUCCUGCCCCCUGUGCAGCUCCAAUUCCGGCUCCAGCUCCUGUGCCUUAUGCUGCUCCUUCACCGGCUGCUUAUGCUGCUCCGGCGCCUGCUCCUGCCCCUUAUGCAGCUCCAAUUCCGGCUCCAGCUCCUGUGCCUUAUGCUGCUCCUUCACCGGCUGCUUAUAUUGCUCCUGAACCAGCUCAGCCAUCUUACGCUGCUCCAGCACCAGCUACCUCUGCUUAUGCACCGCCAUCGCCUUCUGCCUCUUAUAUAGCGUCAGCUCCAGCUUCACUGUCCUAUGCUGCUCCUGAGCCAGUUCAGCCAUCUUAUGCUGCACCACCAUUUGCUUAUGCACCGCCAUCUUACACAGCACCAGCACCUGCAUCCCCUCCUGCCCCUUAUCAAGCCACAGCUCCAGCUCCGGGGUCCUAUGCUGCACCUUCACCGGCUACUUAUGCUGCUCCUGAGCCAGUUCAACCAUCUUACGCUGCACCAACACCAGCUCCCGCACCUAUUCUUCCCCCAUAUUCCGGUUCUGUUAAAUACUAUCAAUGA